UUCGAAUUUCGAUAUAAUUCUUUUUCCCUUCCUUCAAAUCCAAUCCUCGCAUCACGUCGUUCUUUUUUGUUCCUCUCUCUCUGGACGGAGCCGACGAAGGAAGACGACGGCGAUGGAUCUAUGGGAGAAGGCUAGGGUAUUCGCCGGGGAGGCGGCGAAGCGGUCGCAGGAGCUGACAAUUGGGGCCGCCAAGUUCUCCCAGGAGUUCGUCUCCGAGACCGCCAAGAAGUCCAAGGAGCUCGCUGCUGAGGCCACCAAGAAGGCCGACCUCAUCCGCUCAGAGGCCUUCAGGGCCGCCGACCAGAUCAAGACCCUCGCCGUCGACCUCCCUAGCCUCCCCAUCUCCCCCCUCGUGCCGGGCGGAUCCGCCGUGCUGGACCCGGCCUGGGAUCUCGAGCGGUUCGGCAUCACCGAGGAGCUCAGGGAGUUCGUCAAGGGCAUCACCCUCAGCACUUUCCGUGAUUUCCCCAUGGAAGAUGAACCAGAAAUGUCGGAGGUUCCCACAGUGUCAAAUGUUAGGCAGGAUCUUAAUGAGUGGCAAGCGAGACAUGCUACACUUGUUCUCUCAACAGUUAAGGAAAUCUCCAAGUUUCGAUAUGAUCUAUGCCCACGCUAUAUGAAAGAGAGAAAAUUCUGGCGAAUAUAUUUUAUGCUUGUAAACAAUUAUGUGGCUCCUUAUGAGAAAAAAUAUAUGGAGGAAUUAAAAACAAAGGUGGAACAGAAGCAAAAAGAUAGUGAUAAGGAGAAUACAACUGCUCCACCAGCUACUACAGCAGGAGCAAAAGAAACAAAGUCGCAAAAUAAGACUUCCACCUCAUCAAAUACAGAGCAUGAUUUGGAUAUGUUUCUUCUGGGGGACCUUGGAAGUGAUGAUGAUGGUCCAGAUGAUGGUGCUGACAGUUUUGAUGACGAUUUUGAUAAGAUUGGAAGCAACUCGGGCUUAGAUAGCGGCGAUGAUGAGAGAAAAUCCAAAGCAAUCAAGUAAGGCAGCCAAUGCAGCAGAGCAGCAAACAUCUGUUCGAUGGGAAGGAAACCUCAGCUCCGGUGGCUCAAGAAUUCUUGCCUGGCGACUAGCAGUGCCUCACCGGUGAGAAGCCUGCGGUCCUGUGUAUAUCUCAUUUCAUUAGUUUAUUGUUUCACUUCACGUGGAAUUCAAAUUUAUGCCUGUAGACCAUGUACCUAUUGUUUCGCACCUUUAUGGGCCAAUUGUAAUCUGGCAGAAUGGCAAGACUACGUCGUAUUGUUGAUUGGUGAUAGAUUAGGACUUAAUUUCUUGUACCAGUCUUUCCAAGUAAAAGAUUUCUCGUGUGGUUUUGUUUUCU